AUGGCGUCGCCCCCGCUGGCGGCGGCGGCGGUGGUGGCGGCUGCGGCGGCCGGGAGCGGCGGCGAGGCGAGCUCGGGCUCCGAGGAGACGGGGACGGCGCCGCCGGGCCGCGACCUGGCCGCGCUCUUCGAGCAGGCGGCCGAGCGGCUGCCGGCGCUGCUGCCCGCCGCCAGCAAGGAGCAGCUGCUCUACCUGUACGCCCGCUACAAGCAGGUCAAGUUUGGAACCUGUAACACUCCCAAGCCAAGCUUCUUUGAUUUUGAGGGAAAGCAGAAAUGGGAGGCUUGGAAAGCCCUGGGAGACACCAGCCCUCAUCAAGCUAUGCAGGAGUAUGUUGCUACAGUGAAAAAACUGGACCCCAGUUGGAAUCCACAGGUGACGGAGAAGAGGGGAAAGGAAAGCAAAACUGCGUUUGGAGGCCCAGUUGUCAGCUCAUUAUAUCACGAAGAAACAAUCAGGGAAGAGGACAAGAACAUUUUUGAUUACUGCAGAGAAAACAACAUUGACUAUGUAACCAAAGCCAUUCGAUCAAAAAAAGUGGAUGUGAAUGUCACAGAUGAGGAGGGCCGGGCUCUGCUCCACUGGGCGUGCGACAGAGGACACAAGGAGCUGGUUUCAGUACUGUUACAGCAUGCUGCUGACGUUAACAGCCAGGACGGGGAAGGCCAGACUGCGCUCCAUUACGCUGCUGCCUGUGAGUUUUUGGACAUCGUGGAGCUGCUGCUGAAGUCGGGAGCUGACCCCGCGCUCCGGGACCAGGAGGGCUGCCUGCCGGAGGAGGUGACAGACUGUAAAGCCAUCACUCUGGCUCUGCAGCAGCACACCGCUGGCAAGACCUAACCCCGCGGUGACGCACGGCGGGGAGGACAGAGACGCUCCGCAAUAACGCCCCUUCUCUUCCCCCGCUGCCCUCCGAAACGUCUUGGGGGUUCGAAGGGGAGCUUUUAGAGCACAGGGUCUGGGUGGGCUCUCCAGCACGAGGGCUGGCUGGCCGAGCACGUGUCCUGGCAGGAUGGGAUCAGGGUUUUGCAUGCUCUGACAUUUAUCAGUAUUUGGGGGGGAGGGAGCGAGGGAGGGGAGCGAGG